AAAAGCAAUACAAAAUGUGUAAAAGGGCAUCGUGUACAGUUUACAUAGCCUGAACUUCGCGAAGUAUUUCUGCUUUAUUCACAUUUUAGGUCCGGAAACCUAGUUCAUAGUUCGGUUAAUUUAAGAUUUCAUAUUAAUCCAAUUAACUUUGUUAAUUCGCUCGGCCGAGACUGCCAAUUAAUUUGAUUAGGCGUGUCAAAGUUUACGUUGUGCCUCCGCGGUGUAAGUUGUUUUUGAAUGUGUUCAAAAAUUGUGCGGUGGUAUUUCAGGAAGACAGCGGUGAUCGUGGUCGUGACAUGUGGCAGUGGAGUACUGUGUAGUUAUAUACGAUGUUCAGAAGCAAAAUAAGGAUACACACGUGCAGGAUAAUUCUGCUCACGUCUCUGGUGUGGCUUCUAAUUGACGUGAUACUCUUGGCCACGUAUUCCGACUGCCUUGGCGGGUGGGACUGCAGUCGUAAGUCUAACGACUACGAAUUACGGGCACAUGAAGAAGUGCGGGGCAAGAAAGCCGCAAUUGCUGCAGCAAUAAAAAGAGAGAUAAAUGAUGAAGAUACAAAUUUAGAGGAAAAUGAGUUGGAACAGGAUGUAAUAGGGGAUAAUGGACUUAUUUUCAGCCCUUAUCCUAAAUCUAAGCUUAAGUCAUGGAAACCUGCACCCCCAGUCACACCCAAAUCAAAAGACUUACCUGGAGAAAAGGGUAAAGCGGUGAACAUCCCAGCAGAGCAAGAGAAGGUGAUGCUGGAUAAGUUCCAAGAGAACCAGUUCAACCUGAUGGCCAGCGACCUCAUCUCGCUCAACCGGUCACUCGCCGACGUGCGAUUCGAGAAAUGCAAAACCAAGAAGUACCCAGAUCUCCUGCCAACGACAAGUGUGGUCAUCGUCUUCCACAACGAGGCCUGGUCGACGCUGAUCAGAACUAUCUGGAGUACAAUCAACCGGUCGCCAGCCCCGCUGCUCAAGGAGAUCAUAUUGGUGGACGAUGCUAGUGAAAAAGAACACUUAGGACAAAAACUAGAAGACUACAUAAAGACGCUGCCAGUGUCAACGAGAUUAUUCAGGACAGAAACUCGGUCGGGACUCAUUCGGGCUAGGCUGCUUGGCGCUAAACAUGUUAAGGGUGACGUCAUCACGUUCCUCGACGCCCAUUGUGAAUGUACUGAGGGCUGGUUGGAACCGCUACUUGCGCGUAUCGUGGAGGACAGAACGACAGUGGUAUGUCCAAUCAUUGACGUGAUCUCGGACACCACCUUCGAGUACAUCCAGGCCUCCGAUAUGACCUGGGGAGGGUUCAACUGGAAGCUUAACUUCAGAUGGUACCGGGUCCCCGAGCGUGAGAUGACGCGGCGCGGUGGCGACCGCACGGCGCCACUCCGCACACCCACCAUGGCUGGGGGCCUAUUCGCCAUCGACCGGGAAUACUUCUACAAGAUAGGAUCCUACGACGAGGGCAUGGACAUCUGGGGAGGGGAGAACUUGGAGAUGAGUUUCCGGGUGUGGAUGUGCGGCGGCACGUUGGAAAUCGCCCCAUGCUCGCACGUGGGACAUGUUUUCCGCAAGACCACGCCUUACUCCUUCCCCGGUGGAACCGGUCGAGUAGUGAACCACAACAACGCGCGUCUCGCCGAAGUCUGGCUCGACGAGUGGAAGCUCUUCUAUUACAACAUUAAUCCAGGAGCGCUAAACGUACCGCUUGGCGACGUGACUGAACGGAAAGCAUUACGCGAGAGACUGAAGUGCAAGUCUUUCCGAUGGUACUUGGAGAACAUCUACCCCGAGAGCCAGAUGCCUCUCGAGUAUUACUACCUGGGAGAGAUCCGCAACGCCGAGACGUCGAAUUGCUUGGACACUCUCGGCGGCAAAGCGGGCCAGCCGCUAGGCAUGGGCUACUGCCAUGGUAUGGGGGGUAAUCAGGUGUUCGCGUACACGAAGCGGAAACAGAUUAUGUCUGACGACAACUGCUUGGACGCGGCUAACCCGCGCGGGCCCGUCAAGUUGAUUCGCUGCCAUGGCAUGCGAGGCAAUCAGGAGUGGACUUACGACGCCAAGACGCGCACGAUAAAGCACACGAACACGAAUAUGUGUUUGUCGAAGCCUGAGGCGGCGGACGUGUGGAAGCCGGUGCUGCGCGCUUGCGACCACAGUCGCGGGCAGCAAUGGCUCAUGCAGGCCGACUUCAAAUGGCAGGCGCGCAAGGACCGCCAAGUCGAUGGCAGCUAGUCCUAGCCGAUACAAGGAGUGACAACGAUAGACCAUAACAGUCUUCCCCCUCUCGUUAGAUAUCAGAUUUAUUCCUUAUUCCUAUAUCUAAAGUUUUAUAUCUAUUAGGUGUAUCGACGUGAGGAUUUGUGAAUCGUUGACAAUACAUUAAAUUUGUUGUAUCCCCGUAACGUUGCUCAACUCUAGUAUUGUCUAACGCGUAGUGAAUUUUUUUUAUGGUAAGCCGUAGACGUCCGACAAUCUAUGACCGAUCUUUUGUCGGCAAUAAUUAAACAUACAACUGUGACACAUCGGGUUAAUUGUGUAGAAAAAUCGUUUAUGAUCUGUGCACAUUGGACAUAUAUUGAAGCGUCAUACCUGACGAAACGUAUUUCAGAUUUGUCGCGUUGGUAAUAAAAUUUUCGUCAAUCAACGAAAAAAAUUUUUAUCACAAAACUGGCCAAUCAAUUGGUAGCAUGUAAUUUUGUAAACUAUCAUAAAACCUAAUAUAGGUGCGUUUUUCCCAAUACAUUUCUAACCUACAAACAACAAAAAGUCCGGCAAUAAUUUACGCAAAUAAAUAUCACAUGACUUGUUCUUAAAGGGAAAUAUACACUAGACGAUUUGUUAAAACGAUUGUCGAACCAACUAAGUCAGACGUCUGCGACCUACUAAAAAAUGUCUAGGUGUAUUUUAUUAAGAAGAGAUUUUAUUAAAAUUUUAAAUUCAAAGCUUUGUUAAUACAUCUUACGUAGUAAUUUCAGCGAAUGAAAUUUAUUUAGUGAAUGAAAUUUGAUUUCUGUUGAACAAUGGACCUACCUAAUAGGCUUUACGUAAUAAUUUGCAACUAAAUAAUUAGUGGCUUUUGAAAGAUCUAUUUUGAUGUUAACUACAUAAUGUUGCGGGUAGUGCGUAAGGGAAAUAAAUAUGUACGUACCCAUAUUUUAAGUGAACAUUCGCGGUGCUAUUCUUCGCCACUAGAAUUUAACUCCCUAUCCUACUCAUAUUAGUGCGGCUAGAGGCACGCUCAGUGCCAUAUCCAUUGCUAGCCAGACUUUGUUUUUGCCAAUUUAUUGUAACAUUAUCUGUAGACAUUAGGGCCCUGUCUUACAAGUUAUAUCUGGCCGUUGGUGACAAUAAUAUCCGAAAGGACAAUCCUACAUUAAAUGCGUUGUAAAAUUAAAAUAAGCUGACAGCGUCUACGUUAUAACGUAUAUAAGCUAUGUGUUUUAUAAUUCGCCUUGAACCGGUUAGAAAAUAAUCUAUCCGGUUUAAUGCGUUUUCUUGUCGAUAAGUGUGACGAUUUCGUAAGGCUGCUAACAGAUCGAAGCCGAGACCUCAACUGCGUGAAGUUGAUAACGACUGCA